AUGCGCCUCCUCACUCCUAUGGCGCUCGCCGGUGCCAAUGUAGCCGUAUUGACUCAAGCAAAAAUGUUCCAUUGGCCUAAUCGCCAGAUGGAAUGGGUCGACACUACCAUCUUCGAGCUAAAUUUCUUUGAGAAUACAACUCUCAAUUGCGCGCCUAGGGAAAACACGAGGGUUGCGGCUCAAUGGAUUCGGUUGGCGUUCCAUGAUAUGGCUACGCAUAACGUGGACGAUGGAACUGGAGGACUAGAUGGAUCUAUCAUCUAUAAAUUUGACCGACCAGAGGUGGAUGUUCGCUGA